UUUGAAAGACUUUACACUGGUAAUAGUCCCCAGUCGUUUGCAGAUAUUAACACCGGGAACAAUUACCAUUCACGAUUCUGAAACGUAAAUUUUGUAACGUUUGUGUUUUGCACUGUUAGAUAGUAAAAUUUUAGUUUUUGAAAUUUGGUAAAGUAUCAUACUUGAAAAAGUUUAACGAAUAUACAAAUCUUCACUUGCAGGAGAUUAAUAAACACGGAAAUAUUGAAUUGUGAAAAUUACGAAAUUUUGAAAUUUUGAAUAAUGAAGAAAUCAAAUUUAAAAAUCAUGAACUGCGAACGACCACUGAAUAUAAUAUUAAUUUUGUGCAGUGAAAAAUUAUAAAAUACGACAAUUUUGAGUUGUGACAGUCUGCAAGUUUGAACUCAUCAAAUUAACAAACUUUGUUUUGUGAAAAAUCACAUAAUUAGAAAUCACUGAAUUAUCAAACUUUCAAUGAAAUCACAAAAUUUAAACAAUAUUCAAAGUACCUUAAAUACUUCCAUUAAAAUUUUCAAGAAAGCCAAAAAAUUAACUAAUUGAAAUAUUCAAAUAUCUAAUUAUUUUCUCGCCUCUUUAAAAGCACGACAACAAGAAUCCUUUAUUCUCGUGCAAAUAAAACGGAAGAAGAAAUACGAUAUCAGAGAACCCCUUCGAAGGUGAAUCAUACAGGUAUCUCAUGUACAACCCUCUCUUCAAAGCUAUAGCAACACUUCCGGGUGAUAUCGGAAGCUAUCAAUGAGCUCUGUUCGAACGAAAUAAGCGAUGUACUCAUGAAUCAAAUAUUCAACAUAUCAAAAGAUAUAUCAUCGUAAACAUAAAAAAAAUAAAAUGUCUUCUUCGUCUGAGAAGCCACAAAGAAGACACACUGUAAGUACCUGCAAAAGAAGUUUGAAUUUUUGUAGUACACCAUUAAAAGGGAAACCUAAGCGGCCAAGUAGCAUAAGCAUAUCUGGAGUUGAUUCCAAUCCUUCCUCGGCAAAAGAACAAAGUAAAAACCAAAUUUUAGUUAAAAUUUCUGAUGGCAAGCAAAAGAGGAAAAAAAAGAAAGUGCAGCAAAAGACAUCGAAAUUAAAAGGAACUGUGGGAGGCAAUCGUGGGAAAGAAAAGAAGAAAGAAAAAAGAAAAAAGAAAUGCAAAACAAAAAAAUCGAUUGUAAAGGUAGAUCCUAAUACAGAUUGGGAAACGUGUAACGAAGAUUCCCGUCUACCUCCAAUUAACAAAUCAACAGAGAAAUUUUCCCAAAAAGCUACUUCUGGAUCUGACAGUAGUGUCUUGUUUAAAGACUUAAGAUCGCCAGAAAGGAUUCGGGAAGCUCCUUGUUUUGUCGAAGAUCGUUUACUGUCACCGAUUUUGCUACCGCGUGCAUGGGAUAUCAAAAAUCCAGAAAGACUUGAUUUUAAAGAGAAUGAAGGUAAACUUCCUGUGAAAAAUUUACCUUUUUCUUGUCUAUUCGAUGAUUCUGAUGACGAGGAGGAUGCAUUAUGUCUAAAAAAAGAAAAUGUAGUUAAUACGUAUCUAGGUCUCGGAAACAGGGCAAAGAGCAAAAAUGAUAUAAGAAUCGAAAAAUGCAAGCAGUGGUUGGUCAAUGUAUCAGUUCCAACAACAUCAAGUGAUGUUCUCUGGGAUGAAUUUGUUAAAAAUAAUUGUAAAGAUAUCAGCAGGUAUCUUGUGUCAACUGGUAACACAAAAAAAUCACGAUUAAAGAAAUAUAGGCAACCGAGCAACGAGAAUGAAAAAGAUGAAAAUUCUAUAAUCCAAAAUGAUCAUGAAGAAAGAUCUAUUUUUAAAGAGGUUAAAUCAGAGUUGCCUGAAGAUAUGGAUAUUGUGCGUGGAUAUUGGGAUAAAUCUUCGCAAAAAUGGGUUCGAGUUCACUAUAGAUCCGACGUGUACAAUUUUCUUAAUAAUAAAGAAGAUAAUUUUGGAGGGAUGACUCUAAAUCAAUUUCUUCAAAAAUGCAGGGAUCAAAAAGAACAAGUAGAUGAACCAGCAUCUUUUUCUAGUUCUCCUCCUAGUUCUGAUUCUAGAUCUCCUUUUAGUUCUUAUCCUAGUUCUCCUUCUUUAAUAUAUUUGCAGAAUACUAAAAAAAAUGUCAAAGAUAUAAAAAGCAAUCCAAAUAACAAGAGAAAAAGAACAAAAAGUUUUUUUGAUGAUUUCGAAUCGAAGAGAUCCAGAACAACAAUAGCGAAUGUAUCAAACUUGGAACUGCAAAGGAUAAAUCAAAUACGUCGAUUCGCAUUACGAUUAAAGAAGAAGAGAAUGAUGGUUGACAACGAAAUACCUUCAACUUCAAAAGAUAUUAAUUCUGACAGUAGAAUACGUUCACUGAAAAGAGUGAGUAAAAAUGAAUUGGAUGACAGAGAAAAAGAUAAAAAAAGACUAAAACUGAUCAAACUGAAAGAUAAACCUACGAUUAAAUCGAUAGAAAUAUUAAACGGUGUAAAAAAAUAUAAAGUGGCUGAACAAAAGUAGUGAAUCUCAUAAUUUACAUUUAAAUAUUACGUGCAAACUAUAAAUUUAUUUAUUUAUACAAUUCUAUAUUUAUACUUAAAGAAGAUUCAAUAUUAUAGAAUAUUGAAUAAUUUAUAACUUGCGAUACUUUCUCAAUGUUAUGAAAAUUGCGAAAAUUGUGAAACUUUUGCUCGAUCUUUUUUGUAAAUUAUGAACUAUCUUUUUGAUACCGAAUUUGUGUUGCGUAAAUUAUAUGUACGUAUGUAUAAUAAGUAUCUACGCGUUCGAUUCAAAAAGAAAUAUAGUAUUCAUUCUCAUACAGAAAAA